GGUCAUAACCAUGGUGAUGCAACGCCCACAGUAAAGUAGAGCAAGAGACGGACAGACACCGCACCUUCGAUCAAGGCAAAGUAUGGCGAUGACUGGCCAGAGCUCAUGCUCCUCUAUGAGUAACCAUACCAAGGAGCGGGUCACCAUGGCCAAAGUGACCCUGGAGAACUUCUACAGUAACCUCAUUGCCCAGCAUGAGGAGAGAGAGAUGAGACAGCAAAAGUUGGAGAAAGUGAUGGAUCAGGAGGGACUGGCAGACGAAGAGAAACGUAUCCGGCGUUCCGAGCAUGCGAGGAAAGAGACAGAGUUUCUGCGUUUAAAACGCACUCGACUGGGGCUGGAGGACUUCGAGUCGCUGAAGGUGAUUGGCCGAGGAGCCUUUGGAGAGGUUCGUCUGGUGCAGAAGAAAGACACUGGUCAUGUCUACGCCAUGAAAAUCCUCCGUAAAGCUGACAUGCUGGAGAAGGAGCAGGUCGGCCAUAUCAGAGCUGAGCGGGACAUCCUGGUUGAAGCUGACAGCCUGUGGGUCGUCAAAAUGUUCUACAGCUUCCAGGAUAAGAUGAACCUCUACCUCAUUAUGGAGUUUCUUCCAGGAGGAGACAUGAUGACCCUGCUAAUGAAGAAGGACACUUUGACAGAGGAGGCCACUCAGUUCUACAUAGCAGAGACGGUGCUGGCCAUCGACUCCAUCCACCAGCUGGGUUUCAUCCACAGAGACAUCAAACCGGACAACCUGCUGCUGGACUCCAGGGGUCACGUGAAGCUUUCUGACUUCGGUUUGUGCACGGGGCUGAAGAGGGCCCAUCGUACGGAGUUCUACAAAAACCUGAACCACAGCCUGCCCAGUGACCUCAGUAAGCAAACCUUUCAGAACAUGAACUCUAAGAGGAAAGCAGAGACCUGGAAGAGGAACCGGAGGCAGCUGGCUUUUUCCACAGUGGGAACACCAGACUACAUCGCUCCAGAGGUCUUUAUGCAAACUGGAUACAACAAGCUCUGUGAUUGGUGGAGUCUGGGUGUCAUCAUGUAUGAGAUGCUGAUAGGUUACCCUCCGUUCUGCUCAGAGACGCCUCAGGAGACGUACAGGAAAGUGAUGAACUGGCGAGAGACGCUUAUUUUUCCUCCAGAAGUGCCAAUAUCAGAGAAGGCCAAAGAACUCAUCCUCAGGUUUUGCUGUGAGGAGGAACACCGGAUCGGUGCCGUAGGGGUGGAGGACAUCAAGUCCAAUCCUUUCUUUGAAGGGGUGGACUACGACCACAUCAGAGAGAGACCUGCAGCCAUUCCCAUCAACAUCAAAAGCAUCGACGACACCUCCAACUUUGAUGAAUUCCCGGAUUCUGAUAUUCUCACACCAACAGCCACCCAGGUGUCCAACCACACCGAGGCUGAUCUGAAGAACAAGGACUGGGUCUUCAUCAACUACACCUACAAACGCUUCGAGGGCCUGACUGCUCGAGGAGCCAUACCGUCCUACAUGAAGUCAGGGAAGAGAUGAGCAGCAACCCCGAGCGAGGCGUCCGGUCCCUGCUGUGAGCGAUGAGGCGCUCCGUUUGACCCGGGGUUCAUCUUCAUCCGUUGCUUUCUGUAGGAACUUUGUUUCUGCUGCCUUCACUGUACUUCUUCUGAGGGUACUUCUCCACUUUCUGCUCACACAGUGACACUGAACUGGGACUACAGUGAUUCUCUCCGCUGGUUUUUUCACCAGUGGAUGCAGGCGGACGUCUUCUCUCCUGAUAACCAGCAUCAUGUACAUUCCCUUUCAGUAAACCAGCACCGGUCUGUUGGAUCUACCAAGGGCUCUUCUUCCAAAACACAACAGCUUUUCUUUGUCCUGUUCGGACUUGUUUUGACUUCUCAGAUCAAACGUUGCAUUAAGUUUUUCACUUGACGUGAAUCAGGUGCUCUUCAGGGACUUUGUCCAAAUGUUUCCUGUUGUUUCCUCUGAGGCUUCUCUGAAGUGCUGCUGGCUUCCUAAGGUGACCGAACCAAAGACUGAAAGAUGUUUCUGCUUCAUCUCCAUCACGCAACUUUUUCUAACGUGGAGUUUGUACUUUUUAUACAUUUAAAAUUUGCACGAUUUGCUCUUUACGAGUGUGAAAAUAGGAGAAUUCAGCAUUUUGUGGAACAAACACAAGUCUUGUUACAUUUCCAUGAGGACACGUGUUUGUUGAAGUGGCUUCAGCACCUUAACUGAUGUGGAUGAGGCUUCCAGCUGGUUAGAUUGUUGAGUUCAGGGUUGAUCGGACGGCUUUUUAAAUGAUCGUUUCAUCUGAGUUUUACCAGAAAAAUGAGUCUGUGUCCAAAGUGAAUUCCCCAAAUUACUUUUUCUUUUGUCCAAGCAUCAGUUUAAACCUACAGCAUGUUAAAGAGAUCUUUUAUUUUCUUGAAGUGGGUUUUUAUGUAGUAAAAAUGACCAGUUCCUGUCUUUCCUGAGGGCUUGGUCUCAGAACAGCAGUUUUAUUUUGCUUCGGCCUUCAGCUGUUGGACGUAAAACAGCAGCCAGGUUGUAGAAGAUGUAAGAAAAGGUGAACGGAAACUGUAAACAGGUUUUUAGAAUGAGGGGGAAAAUGGUUCAAGGUUUCUUUUUGGCUUAUGGUGCGUCGGCAAAGAUGUGAAUCACCAGCUGUUUCUGAUCCGACUGGAUAUGAAAUAUCCCAGAUAUUCCUGAGGAUGAAGUUUCUCCAUUUUCCUGCUGUGGACGUCCACCAUUGAUGCUUUAUAUUCAUUUAGCUUUAUUUAAUAGUGGAACAACUAUUCUGCUGAAUAAAUCCAGUAACAGCGCCACCUCUACCGCCCCCUCUGGUGGCUAGCGGUAUUGACUUUAUUUUCCUGCUUCAGGUUUCUUUCGCUAACGAGUGGAAAUCUGGCUACUAAUUAAUUUUAAGUACUUCACACAAGCCCACUAAAAAAGGAAGCAUCCCUUUAAAUGAAGUCUUUACAUAAAAUAUAUAAUUUGCAAGCUUUGAACCAACAAAUAUUUCUAAGUUCUAUAAAGAUAACAUUCUUAUUUUAAAAUUACAGUUAGGAUUAAAAUACCUUUUGUUCUUCUGUUUGGUUUUGACUUUAGGAGCAUUUUUAUGAUGUCCUGACCUGCAAGUUUAAUUAGAUAACAAUCAGAACAGUUUGUUGGUUUGUUUUUUGCAGUUUUUUUCUCUCCAUCUAUCAAACAGGAACCAGACUGGACCAGUUAGUGUCUCCUAACAAAGCACCCACCUUAAACCAGCCGGAAUCGGACAUUAACCCUGAAUCGUUCAGAUCAGCAGGAACGGUGCUGCUGGGUGGAAUAAAGAAAUAAAUUGAGGAUCAUCAGACACUGUUUGGGGAAAAAUUUUUUUACCACCUGCACAUGAUUGUAGACGUGGAAAUGUACCUGGAGGCCUGGCUGCAGCGUCAGCCUCCUGCUCGCAGCGCUGCAUCACCGAGGUUCAUCACAGCGUUUAAUCCCCGAGUGUGUGCAGCCGUCUUUUACCACCACGCUGUCGGCUCCGAAUAUGUUAAUGUGUGGUUGUGUUUUUUUUUUUUUUUUUUUUUUUUAAAGUUUCACAAAGCAG